CCUGUGGUUUUGAGGCCAGAUUUCUAAGGGACUGUAGGGACUUCAGGAUGGAGAGAAAUGGUUGGGGUGGGUUCUUUGAGAAGGGCUUUUAAGAAGGAUCACAUUCGUGACACAUUUGCUUUGAAAAAAUCAGCUUUAGUAUUUAGCUUUGAUGACUGGUCAGGAAAACACGCCGCCGAAGCUAGAUCUGCCAGCUAGUCUCAGACUUUGGGAACUGAAAAGUGUGUUUGAAAGAACUACCCAGCACUCCAAUGGCCAGCAACAAUACCGCCAGCAUAGCACAAGCCAGGAAGCUGGUAGAACAGCUGAAGAUGGAAGCUAACAUUGACAGGAUAAAGGUAUCCAAGGCAGCUGCAGACUUGAUGGCCUACUGUGAAGCGCAUGCCAAGGAAGAUCCCCUUCUGACCCCUGUUCCGGCUUCAGAGAACCCAUUUAGGGAGAAGAAGUUUUUCUGUGCCAUCCUUUAAGUCUUCGAGAGGAACCUGAAGAGCCUUGGGGCUCCUGGGACACUGAUGUAGAGUUUUUAGCAAAGUGGGCGCCUUUCUAGUCCACAGCAUUUAAAGAGAGUGAAGAGAACCAUCCUGGAAACUCCAGGCUAUGCAUGUUUAAAGAUCUGGUCCCCUUUAUGAGAACGAAAGCCGAUCCACAUCCUGCAUUAAGAGGUCUGAUACCUGCAGAACUGCCUGGAGGAGGGGGAUAUGUAAAGAUAAAUAUGUGUCAUUUCCAUUCUGCUACCCCUCCCAGACUUUUCAUUUCUGCUUCAUACCUAAAAAAUAAAAAUCAAAACAGAUGGCUGUUCUGUACUAAGAUACAUAUGACUUUUCUUGGCAUGGAAAUUGCUUUAGAAUACCCUUUGAUCAGCUGAGUUGUCCAGUGUAGCUGAGGUUUUGUUGGAUGGUGUUGGUGUUGCUGUUGAGUCUUUGUGCCUUUCUUUUUCUUUUUUCUCUCUUCCUACCCCUCUCUACCACACCCCCCCUCCACCUUCCCACCCCAGUUAGAGUAGUACUGAGAAUAGACCGGACUAGUCUGUAAGACCAAACUCCAAGGAUGUGUCCAAAAUGUUUAGGGAGAUGUUCCCAUGGUUUAUCCUCAUGGCAACAACAGCAGUUCCGGUUGUCUGUAUUCGUUUAUCAUUACUCUAACAUUGUACAUGAUAGCUUUGAUCCUGCAAGUAAAGUAAAUCAUGUGUUGUGACUGGUGCUUUCAUAUAUUUGUGACAAUUUUGGGAUAAUAGUGCAUGAAAAUGUCCCUAUGUUACAUCCAUUCAGAAGUUUUGUUGUUUUACUAUAAAAUCAGGAAAUGGAAUGAAAGAGAAAAGAGGCUGAGGGGGAAAAAAAAAUCCCUCAGUAUUUCUGAAAAUUGAGAUUACUUCAGAGCCUUAGCCAUGCCUAAAGUACCUCCAGUUAAAACUGGCAUAAAUGCCUCUUCAAUAUUCUUUCCAGUAUACAAAGCAUUUUGGUUUGAUCCAAGACCCAGGGCAACACAGGUACUGCCAAACAGGAGAGGUAAGGAUUCACCAUGAGUUGGAGUGCUUUCAUCAAAGGGUAGAGCAAAUUCCCUCUUACCCUGAAUUGUGGAAAUUCUAGACUAAAAGAAUGCUUCCGUGCUCUUCUUAACAAGAAAAACAUGACCCUAGGUUGUUCCAGUAAUAGGAGAACUAAAUCCAUGGCUCCAGCGAAUACCCAUUCUCAGUGUCCCAGCUGUUGGCUGGCAGGAAGAAGGAGGCAGAUGCAGACUCCACCCCAUCCAGCUCCACUAGAGAAUGUUCUGGCUCUCUUUUCCACAGAGGCAGUCAUCAUUUCUCACCCAAUACAUUUUUCAAGGGGAUAUUUUCUUUGUUCUCUGCACCUUAUUUUUUUCCUCUCUCAGUCUUUGUUUACCAUUUCCUUGUAGCUAGAUCUCUCUUUUCCCAAGAGAUGAUAUUGAAAGUGAUUUUUCAAUGUAGCUCUAGCCUCUACCAGUAAUAGGAGACCCUGCCCUUUUUACUUUUCUCUGUGUCAUUCCCAGGCAAAAGAGGGCCAUCCUUAACAUCUUGUUUGCUUUCAAAUUUCAAAGCCCACUUCUAAAUUAAUUUUAUUUUCCUCUCUUUCUAUUCUUUUGUUCCCAUUAAAAAAUUUUUUUCGGAGAGGGAGAAAAAGCGAAGAUGAAAAGACUUACUGUGCCAAAAACAAAUUUUGAAACAGGCUCAGUAAAUGUUUUCCUGAGCUGUACAUCCAAUUAAAGCUCAUGCCUGGGAUAAUAGGAAGAGAAUCCUGACAUAUUUCGAGAUGGAUGAGUACACUUCUAUAACCAGAUGCUCGUUUCAAACUUUGGAACUGUGUUAUAGUCAGUGGGACACUGAUGAAGAUUUAGAGGGGAAAAAAGCCCUAGCAGAGUAUUUCUUAAACUACAGUGUUGUACCAUUGGGUUAGUGAUACUGUAAAAUCAGCUGUCACAUUUCUAAAAUGAGCCAAAAUAUGACUUGAAUAUGGGGUCACAUAAAAACAACUAUGAAUAAAAGCAUUCUUUGGUAGUGAUUAAGGCGUCAUUAUGAUACCCUGAUGAUUUUCACAAUUCAUACCAUUUAAUCUUCUCAGAAGGGCUCUAUACUUUCAUGUAAAUCUAUAUCUUCAAGUAAUUACAGUGGCAUUGAAGUUUUUAGGUAGCUCCAAAAUGCAGCUGUGGUAAUGAAGUUAGGAAGUUCCAAAGUGUGUGUGACCUUGUUUACAAAAGGAGAAAGCAGAAAAUAUACAGCCCAUCUGAAAUAAGGAAAAUAUUCUGGCUUUUUCAUAAUUUUGUGUCCCACAGUAUAGAUUUAUAAUAUCAGAGUCUUUAUAUGAGUUUGAACUUGUUGGUAUGUUUUCUUGUGAAGGGGAAUUACCUUUGGAUUCCUUAUACCUCUGAAGAGCUUUAAUUCUUUUAAAAACUCAAUCAUUUUCACCAGCAUAAUUUUAUCUUAAGGAAUAACUAAAAGUAAAACUUAGUUAUUCCAAGCCCCAAUCUCUGUAUGAAAUGUAUUGGAUAGUAAUGAAAAUAGGCUGUGGAAUUACUUAAGUAGUAACAUAUCCUUUAUACUUAAAAAUGCAAACUCUAGGAAGAAAAAAAAAACAAUUUUGCAAAAUCCUCAGUAUUAACUCUGGUUUCUAUUUUUUUCUCCAAUUCAAGCCAAGUACUAUUUAAUUUAAAUCAAAGAAGUUGCUAAUAAGUACUUUGAAUUAAGACUAAUUUUGCUAAUAAUAUUUUAAAGAGUUUGCUUACCAAGGAAAAAAUAAAAACCAUUUCUCUAUACACUCAUUCACUCACAUUCAAAGUUCUUCGAACUUUGAGAAAUUAAGCAUGACGUCUUAGAGGAUUUUGUGCUUUUUGUGUACGUAAUAUUUGCUUCUAGCUGCUCCUGGCAAUGGUUAUUUGUUACAUAUACAUUAAUGUUUUCCCAGACCAACAAUUGUUCGCAUUUUUCUCUAUAUAAGAUCUAUAGUGUUUGUCUUUCAACAAAAGAGAAAUACAGAAAUGUUGAAGCGAGAAAACCUGAAUGUGAUGUGCACAUUUUCAUCCCACAAGGGCAAUGUAUUUGUUUUAAUAAAUGUAAUUUUCAGAUUCAUUUCAUAUGCAGUCAUUU